UAUAGGAGACACUGACCAUGUCUUCAGGAAGGCAAUCCUAGCUCCUCAUGUAACCUCCCUCUCCUCUCUGCCCCAGCAGACCCCUUUGUGGUUCAGUGCAUGGCAGGCUGCAUGCUGUACCCCAACAGAACCUCCCAGGCCUUUGCCUAUGUAGGUUACAAUGGUCAGGAUUUCCUCAGCUUUGACACAGAGAAUGUCACCUGGACCCUCUCCCAGGACACCAAGUUGUCACGGUAUGUCCAGUCAUUUCUCCAGAACUACACUGCCUUGAAUGAGCUGGUGGAAAUUAUUUUCAAUGAUACUUGUGUCGAUGAAAUGGAGAUGUUCCUGCACUAUGGGAGGGCAGCUGUGGAGAGACAAGAGCUGCCUGUCGCCACGGUCUUCGCCCGCACCCCCAGCCUAGAUCAGCUAUUGCUUGUUUGCCAUGUCACUGGUUUCUACCCCCGUCCCAUCAGCGUGGCCUGGCUGCGGGAUGGCCAGGAGGUGCCUCCAGGCCCAGCGCUCAACACCAGCACCAUCCUGCCCAACGCUGACCUCACCUACCAGCUCCGCAGCGUCCUGGCCGUGGCCCCCCGUGAUGGGCACAGCUAUGUCUGCCGUGUGCGCCACCACAGCCUGGGCACACGCAGCCUUCUCAUCCCAUGGGCUUCUGCUUGUUUCCCAGGGAACUCAGAAGUGGUGCUGAUCACAGGGCUCAUGGCCGGACUGCUUGCUGCCAUGGCCAUUGCUGCCAUAUCAGUGCUUUGGGUGUGGAGACAAAGAAAGCACCAGCAGAUGGAGGAAUCAGAGUCCAGGAACUCCAUCCUGAGCAAAGAAGCUUAGCUCAGAAGGGAGGCAACAGUCCCCAUUCCCUCCCACUGCCUUCAAAGCAACAAGAACUACCUUUUUCUGCUUCACAAAAGUUCUGGGCAUUGCCAAUUGCAAGACUAAUUCAAUUCAGAGAUGUACAAGAAAAACCUGGCAAGAGAAACCUGA